ACCCGGCUGUCAAACAUGGCCCCCUCCUUCUGGGUGUGAGGGAAACGACAGCUGACAAAGGAAAGAAAUCUUUCAAAAAAGGACGGCGCCCAUUCGUUUCAACACCGCACCUCUGUGCAGAUAACACUGCACGCAUGUGAUAUCCUUGGCAAGAGAAAAGUGGCUGCAAAAUGAUGAAGUGUGCCAGAGAGAGGAAGUGACAGAAGUUCAUUGUUGCAGACCAUCUGUUCAGACCAACCCGUCCGGCCUUCACAAUGAUCGUCCGCCCUGCAGCCAUUCUGAUCAACCCGGUGCUCGUGGAGUCCGCCGUGGUUCUGGCCAUGUUGCUGUGUGUCCACAUGGCGAUCUGGAACCAGCACUCCUGGUGCUGCAUAGCCCUCUUCGUGCAGGCUUUCUACGUACAGCACAAAUGGGACCGCCUGCUCCGGUCCGGGGCCGCCGUGUUCCAGUUCCGCCCUUCAGCGAACAGCGGCAUCGUCCCGGCCUCCAUGGUGAUGCCUCUACUGGGCCUGGCGCUGAAAGAAAAGUGCACCGCCUCGGGGAAUGUCUACUUUGAGCGGUUCUCCAUGGUGGUCACCAUCACCGGCAUGUGCCUGGCUCUGUUCCUCUCGUUGAUCGCGCUGGGCAUCACCAGACCCGUGCCCACCAACACUUGCGUGAUCGCCGGCGUGGCCAGCAGUGCGAUUCUCUACACGGCAAAACAGACGCUGACGGUGUCGGAGGUCAUCGAGGUGUUGGAGGUGCUGUUGAUCUUCGUUUAUCUCAGCCUGAUUGUGCUUUACCUGCUGCCGCGCUGCCUCACGCCCGGAGAGGCGCUCCUCAUCGUGGGCGGAAUCAGCUUCAUCGUCAACCAGCUCAUCAAGCGCUCCCUGAACCUGGCGGAGGUCAAAGGUGAUCCGGUGAACUAUUUCCUGCCGGUCGUGGUGGUGGGCUCGCUGCUGCUGGGGGUUUUCUUCGCCCUGCUCUUCUGCUUCAUGGAGUCCGAGACCUGGGUGUCGUCGCUCUUCUUCCACAUGAUGACGGCCGUCCUGGGUCUGGGGAUCCUCAUGCCGUGGCUCUCCCUGUUCAUCGGCCGGCACCCCAUCAUGUGGCUGCUGGACUUCGUCACGUUAAAUGACCGAAGACUUUACCUGCUGGGGUACUGGCUGUUUCUGGCUGUCGUGGCCACUUGCGUUGUGCUGCACCAGAACUACCAGCGCCAGUCAGGCUCCAAGAAGCACCAGGCCUCCACCGUUGUCAGAAAGUACUUCCACCUGAUCGUGGUGGCCACGUAUGUUCCGGGUCUGGUGUACGACAGGCAGCUGCUUCAUGUGGCGUCCGUGGGCUGCUUGGCCAUUUUCCUGUUCCUGGAGUACGUGCGGUACUUUCGGAUCAGGCCGCUGGGUCAGCUGCUCAGGCAGCUGCUCACUUUGUUCCUGGAUGAGCGGGACUCUGGCCCUCUGAUUCUGACCCACGUGUACCUGCUGCUGGGCAUGUCACUGCCCAUUUGGCUGUUCCCCGGGCCCUGUGCCCCUAAGGGGAUCCUACCUGGUGCGGGCGGCCUGGUGCCUUACGCGGGUGUGCUGGCCGUGGGGGUCGGGGACACCGUGGCGUCUGUGUUCGGCAGCACCAUGGGGGAGAUCCGCUGGCCCGGCACUAAGAAAACCGUGGAGGGGACUGCGACGUCCGUGUUCGCCCAGAUCAUCGCCGUGGCCAUGUUCCUCAUCUUCGAUGGGAGCAUCAAUCUGAACUCCACGUACUCGUGGAUCGUUGGCUGCAUCACUCUGGUGGCCAUGCUGGAAGCCUACACCUCCCAAAUAGACAACCUCCUACUCCCCCUCUACCUCUUCAUCCUGCUGUUGCUUUGACUGGACAGAAGGCACGGAAACAAAAUCCCUCCCACUGUCCCCAGCUCUUUAUAGGGGGAAGAAAUAUGGAUGAGUUUGGGGUAAAAAAAAGCGUAAGAAAUAUGGAAAAAUUUGAUAGAAGUAACAGAAGUCUCUUUAGGGCACAAGAAACGAAUAGUUUAGAGCCGACGGCUUAAUCAAGCCGGGUGAUGGGGCACUAAAUAAAUCCGCUCCUCACUUUACGCGGCAGCAGACAUGAUGUUAGCGUGACGUUAGAGACCGUGGCCCUCAGAUUACAUUUCAGUAUCGGUCGCUUUGAGGAGCGAGACGAAUAUUUCAGAAGAACUUACUGAGGAAUAUGAGUCAGAGCUGCUAAUAUUCCCUGUCGUGUCACACCUCUGUAUUGCCUUUGAAGAACAUGAUUUAGAGUUAGCUUAGUGAUAUCUUUUUCCUCAAUCAACAUUUUUUUGGUUGUGAGAUGAUGUCGCCUCCCCCGAUGGCAAUACGAAGGACUUACUGCUGAAAAUAUUUGCCUUAAGAAGUAUAUUUUCUAUCACACAUGACCUACUGUUGUAGAUGAAAGCAUGACGGCCCCACUCGACUCUUCUUUAUAAAGGGCUGGUUUAUACUUCAUAUGGCAGAAAGUCACGCUGCUCUUGCAUGACACUAAUGUGAAAUUCGGUACUAGAACAUGUACACGGGUAUCCUGCAGUUUAUUUCAGUUUGAGGUCUGAUGGGACCCCUUAAAGGUACACUUAAUAUAUACGUUUCCUUCUGACACUAAGCCGUCAAACCUACUUAUUUUUGUAGAUACGCUUUGGGCCAAAAAUAAUGAACAUAAGCCCUUUUUCUUUAUAGCAUCUUUCUUUCGCAACAAUUUUAUUGAUUAUUAUCUCAACAGAAAUGUCCACCAAUGCCAUCAGGGUUCUCCUUAUUCUUGGACGAGGAUGGUACGGUCUAUAACCUGGAACCUGUUUUCAGAAUGAAUUACUUAACAGCCUUAAUGUUUAUGUUGAUCUAUAGGAGUUCUUUGGUGUUUCUUUUUUAAAUUAUGUAUCAAUUUAUUAGCAUGUUCCUACUAUGUUGUUUUUUGCAAUCAUCCUUACAUUUUCUAAAAUGUAAUAUCGCAUGUUGAGUGCAUCAGAGAAGAAAGAUCAAAUUGACACGCCUCCUAUUUUAGUCAAUUUCUUCAGCACGUGUUUAAUGAUGGAGAAGCAGGACCUGUGAAAAGACACAUUAGUCCUUUGGGGUUUGAUUUUUAAAUGAACAUAAAAGGCUUCGAUGUUGUGGUUGCUGAGCGUUGCUACAUACAUUUUUGUUGAUUUUCAUUCAAGUUGCGUCUUGAACAUGAACAUACUUGAAAAUGAUGCUUACUGUUGUCUGUAAAAAUAGGAAUCUGCCAUCUUGUUUUGACACAUUUGAAAAAAAGAAGAAUAAAGUUGGUGAAUGACGA